AUGAAACACCUCAUUCUCGUCGGCGCGUGCUACCUCGACACCAUCCUGACGAUCCCCCACUUCCCCACAGAGGACUCCAAGCUGCGCGCCACCGCCCUCCAGGUGCGUCGCGGGGGCAACUGUCCCAACUCGCUCGAGGUGCUGGCCCAGUUGCUGGCUGCCUCGUCUGCUGGUCUUGUGGACGCCGAUGGUACUGAUGGUACCGAUGGUGCUGAUGGUACCAGUCUCACUGGUCUUACUGGUCUCACUGAUCCCAUCGAGUCAGUCCGGGGUGGUGGUGAUGAGAGAGCUGGUAAGGCGGGGGAAGUCGAUGGGGUAGUCGAAGGAGGUGAGGGCCGAGGUGAAGGCCGAGGUGAUGCUAGAGGUCGGUAUGGUAAGGCUGGUGGUGGACAUCAAGGCAGUAGUGGUGGCAGUAGCAGCAAGGGUCCAAGUCGAGAAAAAUCAGACCCAGACCCAGUACACCACUUACCGCCUACCAAACUGCACCUCAUCACCUGCCUCCCCGACGCCUCAUCUGCCGCAACCCGCCAGAUCCUCUCCUCGUUCGGCACCACCACCAUCCCCUCUCCUACCACCACCGCUAGCAGCAGCACCACUAGCAGUGAUCAAACCACCACAAUCGACCUCUCCCACUCUUUCUUCCGCACCGGACAUGACACGCCGGCCAGCUGUUAUAUCCUGCGCACGUCCGGGAGUGGCCCCGAUGGCGGCGGCGGCAGAGGUGGCAGCAGCGAUGGUAGCCGGACGAUUGUCAACUACAGCGAUCUGCCGGAUAUGACGGCCAACGAGCUGGAGGGUGUGGUCGAUGCUUUUGUUGAGGAGAUACGCCGGGAGGGCGAUAAUGGGGUCGGCGAGGACAGUGACAAGGGCGGCGGCGGCGGAUGCUGGUGGCACUUCGAGGGCCGCAUCCCAGAAACAACCCUCCACUGCAUCCAGCACCUCCGCCGCGCCAUGCCGCGCUGCACCAUCAGCGUCGAGAUCGAAAAGCCCGGCCGGGCAGGCCUAGCCGAGCUGGCCGCAGCGGCCGACGUUGUGUUUUACUCGCGCAGCUGGGCCGAGAGCCGAGGAUACGUCUCACCAGAAGCCUGUCUCAGGGGUGAAGCGCCGUCGACAAAAGCGUGA